AUGUACGUCUCGACCGUCUACUCCCUCAUAAUAAUCAACAAGGCCGGAGGCCUGGUCUACCAGCGCGAAUUCCACUCCGGUCUGCACAAGUUAUCCACAAACGACUAUCUCGUUCUCGCGGGGACGUUUCACGGCGUUCACGCAAUCACCCGCUCCAUAACCCCCCGUCUUCCCCUCGCCUCCACAGCAACAAAUCCAACAACAGCAUCACACUCAGCAACAGCCUCCCUCUCCGUAACCUCCCCCUCCAGCACAACAACCCCGACAACACCAACACCAACAGCAUCCAACAACCCAACCGCCAAUACGCCGUCCUCCACCUACUCCUUCCCGAACCCCUCCGUGCCCGCAUCCGGGCUGGAGUUCCUCGAGACGGACAAGUUCCGGCUCACGUGUUUCCAGACGCAAACGGGGACUAAGUUCUUGUUGUUUACGGAUCCGUUUAUGGCGAAUAUAGAUGUGGUUAUGAAGAAGAUUUACGAGUUGUAUGCGGAUUUUGUCAUGAAGAAUCCAUUUUAUCAGUUGGAGAUGCCGGUGAGGUGUGAGUCGUUUGAUCGGCAUUUGGGGAGUUGGUUGAGGGGGAGGAUUUGA